AUGGGGGGGGAGCAGUCGGGCGGCGGGGGGGAAUGUGGGAAGGGGCGGGUCUUGUGCGUUGAGGAGAAGGGGGGGGAAAUGAGCAUGCCCCGAGCGCGCCGGGGGGAUGUAGAAUUACUGGGGGUACAGGAAUCGUUUUGGGGCGACAGACAGGGGGGGAGGAUCGAAGGUGAUGGAAGCGCGUACAGAAGGUCGGGAGGUGUGGUUUGCGGGGGGUGGGGUAGGAAGAUCGGGGAGACAUCUGGGCGGGGUCUGGGGUGA